AUGAGUUCCUCAAGCUCAAGCAGUGAAAAUAGUGAAAUAAGAAAACCAAGGAAGAAAAUACAUAUGGAAAAAAUGUUUAAGACAUAUUGGUUAGAUGAUUCUACUUUUAAACCAUGGCUAUUAGCUGAUAACAGCUCAAAAUACAAAGCAAGAUGUAAAGUUUGUAAUGUGAGUAUUAAUUCUGGAAAGAGUGAGUUACAAAAGCAUGCAGCAACCCGCAAACAUGUCAAUAAAAUGAAAACUAUAAAGGAGACCAAAAAUAUAGUUCAAAUGAUUGAAGCAAAAAAGGAUAAUAUGCACGAUUCAACUGAGAUUUUUGCAGAUAGUAAAACUUGUCAAGGCCUCAGUUUAAAACAGACGAAAUGUACGGAGUUAAUAAGAAAUGUUUUAUGCAUAAAGGAAACAAAUGAUUUAGUAAGCGACCUGAAAAAAACACGAUUUUCCAUAUUAAUAGACGAAUCAACGGAUAUUGUCGAUUCAAAAUGUUUGGCUGUACUCGUUCGUUAUUCAAAACUUGGAAAAAUAAAGACUAGACUUCUAGAGCUCAUACAAGUAGAUGCAAGAGAUCUAGGCGCAACACAUUUAUAUGGGACCUUUAAAGCUUGUUUGGAAAAACAUGAAAUACCAUUGAAAAAUAUAGUUGGGGUAGCAUGUGACGGUGCCAGCGUCAUGGUAGGAAAACAUUCGUUUUUUCAAUUAUUACAAAAUGACAUAUCACAUGUAAUUCUUUUAAGAUGUAUAUGUCACUCUGCAGCAUUAGUCGCUUCUCAUGCUUGUUCCUUUCUUCCUCGAUCUGCAGAGGAACUACUACGUAGUGUAUAUAGUUAUGUUUCAGGAAGUGCAAAACGGUCCGCACAAUUGCAAGAAAUGCAAGAGUUUUUUAGAGAAAAGAAACAUAAAAUGUUAAAAUUGGCAACAACAAGGUGGUUAAGAAGAUAUGAAUGUAUAAGCCGCGUCCUUGAAAACUGGAUUCCUCUAGAACAUUAUUUUACUAUUGCAGUCCAUGAAGAUAAAUUAAAAAGUGCAGAAAUAAUUCUUAGCGAACUAAAAAAUGUCUAUACCAAGGCAUAUUUAUUAUUUUUAAAAUAUACCCUAAAGCUAUUUAAUACGUUCAAUACUCUUUUCCAAAACAGAAAACCACUUAUUCAUGUCUUAUACAGCGAGUGUAUGUCGCUGAUGAGACAGCUUUGUCGAAACUACGUUCAAUCAGCAGUUCUCGCAAAAGAAGAUUUAUCCGAACUAAAUUUAAAAAACCCCAGAAUAUUUUUGCCAUUAGAAGAGAUAUACUUAGGACCGGAAUGUACAGAACUUUUAAAAACAACACCACCAGAAGGCAGAGAAGUAUUUAUUAAAAAUUGUUUAAAUUUUUAUAUUGAAGAACUAAUUAAGAAAUUUGGAAGUAUCAUUAAUGUUGACAAAACGGACCUGGAAAUUGAAUGGAGGAGUUUUUGCGAUUUGUUUAGUGAUCUACAGGUAACCAGAUUAAAAUCUUUGGAAGUAGAUGAAAUGUGGUUAGAAAUAUGUUCAAAAAAACGUUUCGAUGAGACUCUGGCAUUUCCGAAUUUGUCGCAGCUUGCUAAUGUGCUUUUAGUAUUACCUCAUUCAAACGCCGAGGCAGAACGCAUUUUUUCAGUCGUCACUGAUACCAAAACAAAAAAAAGGAAUAGAUUGGCAGAAAAGUCAUUAAAUAGCCUAUGUGUAUUUAGAAGUAGUUUACAGGACAUGGGAAAUGAUGUAGUACAGUAUCAGAUAACGGAGGAUCAUCUGAAGUUACACAAUGUAAAAAUGUAUACAUUUAAAAACAAAAAUGUUUGA